UAGUGCCUGCUGGUGUACUGUACUGAUAUCCAGCUAGACUCUAAAGGGGUCUGGCUUCCUGUUCGUGAUACAAAAUGCAGGCUGUAGUGCCCUUGAACAAGAUGACAGCCAUCUCGUCAGACCCUCAAACUCUGGCCUCGGGUGAACAAGACGCAGUCCUAAGAAUGGACACUUCUGAGAACCAAGAAGCUGUUUCAGGAGGAAACACUGUUGACCCAGAGUCUUUCAGACAGAGGUUCAGAUGGUUUCGUUACUCAGAAGUAGCUGGGCCCAGGAAAGCCCUGAAUCAACUCUGGGAGCUCUGCACUCAGUGGCUGAGACCAGACAUUCACACCAAAGAACAGAUGUUAGAGCUUUUGGUGUUUGAGCAAUUCCUCACCAGUUUGCCUGGGGAGACCAGAAUGUGGGUCAAGUCACAACACCCUGAGAGUAGUGAGGAGGUGGUGACCUUAGUAGAGAAUUUGACCCAGAUGGUUGAAGAAAAAGAUCCAGUCUCUCAAGAUUCUGCCCUCUCCCAGGAAGAGAACUCAGAAGAAGAUAAAAUGGUUGCUGUUCCUCCAGAUACUGAGGCCUGUGAAUCCAUGGCAUUAAAGGAUGUGAUUGUGAGCUUUUCCAGAGGAGAGUGGAAGAAGCUGGACCCUUCUCAGAAGGAGCUGUAUCAGGAAGUGCUACUGGAAAACUUCGAAAACCUAGAAUUUCUGGGCUGUCCAGUUUCCAAACUAGAUUUGCUUUCCCAGCUAAAGUGGAGUGAACUGCCAUGGCUGCUGGAAAAAGAAAUCUCAAAAGACUCCAGACCAGAGUCUGAGCCUAGAGGUGAAUUGAUGGUUUCUGGUGGAAAUCGUGAUGAUGUUGUGGGAAAAUCAACUUCAGAUGAAAUAAUAGAAAGAUGUCUCAGGGAUGACGCUCGUGGCUUGAUGGAAGAAUUCUGGAAACGUUAUGGCAGGUCAUUGGAGGAGCAUGGCAAUAAGAGAUUUUCAAAAGGAACAGUCCCACACAGGAAAACUCAUGGGAGAGGCAACAAGGGUGAGGGAUCCAAAUCAGAAAGGAGCCCCUUUGGAAGCAAUUCUAAAGAAACUUCAGUUUUAAUUAAACAUCUGAGAGCCUACUUAAGGAAGAAAUCCCGGAGUUACCAUGAAAACAAGAACAAGAAACAGAAACCCUUCAGUUUCCAUUCAGACCUUGUUCUGAAACGCAAAGAAAAAAACACUGGGGAAAAGUCACGGAAAUGUAAUGAAGGUGGGAAAAUCUUAAGUCAUUCUUCAUCUCUUACUGAACAUCAGAAACGGCAGAAGAUUUCUUUGGAGGAUAAAUCCAAGAAGUGUGUUAAGUGUGGGACAGUCUUUAUUCCAAGGUCACUUAUUGCUAAGAGAAAAACCCCUGUGUGCGAAAAAUGCUGUCAAAUUUUAGCCUUAAAGAAGAAAAAGGGAACUGUGACUGGAGACAAAACCUAUAAGUGUAGUAAAUGUGGAAAAGUCUUUAGCUAUGAUGCCUCAGUCUGCAAAAAUCAGGGACUUGACACUGGAGAGAAACCCCACCUGUGUAAUGAAUGUGGAAAAACUUCUGGUGAUAGCUUAUCACUCAGAACACAUAAUACACCUCCUAGUGAAGAUAGACCUUUCAUAUGUGAUGAUUGUGGGAAAGGUUUCAGCCUGAGUACCCACCUCAUUAAUCAUCAGAGAAUUCAUACUGGAGAAAAACCCUUUAAAUGUAAUAACUGUGAGAAAGCCUUCAAGGACAAUUCAUCCCUGAUUCAACAUCAGCGAAUUCAUACUGGGGAAAAACCCUAUACAUGUGUCGACUGUGGAAAAUCCUUCAGUCAUAGCUCAUCCCUGAACAAACAUCAGAGGAUCCAUACUGGAGAGAAACCAUAUAAAUGUGAUGAAUGUGGAAAAACCUUUAGACAGACCUCAUGCCUCACCCGGCAUCAGAGAAUUCACACUGGGGAAAAACCGUAUUUGUGUGAUGACUGUGGGAUGACUUUUAGCCAUUUCACAUCUGUCAUUUAUCAUCAGCGACUUCAUUCAGGAGAAAAACCCUACAAAUGCAACCAGUGUGAGAAAGCUUUCCCUACCCACUCCCUUCUUAGUCGCCAUGUGAGGAUUCAUACUGGUGUAAAACCUUACAAAUGCAAAGAAUGUGGGAAAUCCUUCAGUCAGAGUUCGUCUCUUAACGAACAUCACCGAAUACAUACUGGAGAGAAGCCCUAUGAAUGUAGGUUUUGUGGUGCCACCUUCAGUCGAAGCUCAAUCCUUGUAGAACACAAAAGAAUUCACACUGGAAGGAGACACUACCAAUGUAAACACUGUUGGAAGUCAUACACAAGUAAUGCAAAUCUCAUCAGACAUCAGGAAUCUCACUCUGCACGGUAA